CACUGCGUUUACAUGCCAAGUUGUCAAAAAAAAAUGUCGGCCAACAAGGAAAAUAACCUUGUUCAGGCCUAUAUUGAAUUAAAUAAAUUUUGUCAAGGCGGAGAUUAUGAUAGAGCGUUAAAAGCUGCAGGGAAAAUCCUGCAAAUAGCACCAAAUGAACAAAAAGCAUUUCACUGCAAAGUGAUAUGUUUCAUCCAGCUGCAUAACUUCAAGGAGGCCUUAGCCGUCCUCACGAACCCUAAGAAUGCUGCGCUGGCGGCUGACCUGCACUUCGAGAAGGCCUACGCGCAGUACCGGCUCAAUUGUCCUAAUGAUGCGCUGCAGAUUGUGGAUAAUGCGCCGGAGAUGACUGUUGCUUUGAAAGAAUUGAGGGCUCAAAUCCUGUACCGCUUGGAGCAGUACCAAGACUGUUACAACCUGUAUCGGGACAUCGUGAAAAACACCACAGACGACUAUGAGGAUGAGAGAAAGACCAACAUGGCCGCCGUUGUUGCCAAUUUAGGGGCCCUGAACCCGUCGGCAGACUUACCCCAAUUCGACGAGACCACCUAUGAACUGGCCUACAAUGUCGGAAGCACUCUGGCCAUGCGUGGCAAAUACAACGAGGCCCUGCCGGUCCUGAAGAGGUCCGAGCAGGCUUGCUCGGAGAGUGUUCUGGAAGACGGAGGCACUGAGGACGAGGCUAAAGAGGAAGCGGGUAUCAUCAGGGUGCAACAAGCGUACUGCCUACAACAGAUGGGUAGAGAGAAGGAAGCGGCAACCAUCUACCAAAACGUGUUGAAGGACAAGCCGAGCGACCAGGCCCUGGUUGCCAUCGCUAGCAACAACCUUGUGGUCAUUAACAGGGAUACCAACGUGUUCGAUUCCCGGAAGCGUAUGAAAGCGGCCACGGCUGAAGGGCUCGAGCAUAAGCUGAACUCACGCCAGCGUACCUCUAUAACCUACAACCAGGCUAUUCUUGCCAUCUACUCCAACCAGCCCGACUUCUGCAAGCAAUGCUGCGUGAAACUCACCAAGUCCCUGAAACAAGAACAGCGUGCUGCCCUAGUGGAAGCUUCCUCCCUCGUCAAAGACGGCAAGAAGAACCAGGCCGUUCAGCUGCUGCUGAAGGAAGGUGGAACCCUGACCCUGGCUGCUGCUCAAGUACUGCUGGCGAGUGGUGACCGCAAAGCAGCCGUCAAACUAUUAGAAGAGAGCGAAUACAAAUACCGCCCUGGCGUUGUCGGCGUUCUGGCUACGUUACUCUGCGCCGACAACGAACUGGAGAAGGCUUCGCAGCUCUUCAAGGAUGUCUAUGAGCAUUACAAGAAUGAUGAGCGUUUCGCGUCUCUACGCGCGCUCUGGCAGGCUGCGGCGGGCGUGCACGCACGCGCCGGCUGUGCCGCCUCGGCCGCCGCCGCGCAUGAGGCUGUGGCCAGGGCCGCGCCCGAUGACGCUAGGAGUCUGGCGCGGCUGGUUAAAGCGUUGGCCACCGCUGACCCGGCCAGAGCCAGACAGCUGGCGGAGAGGUUACCGCCGCCGGCCAAUGUUGAGGGUAAGAUUGACAUCGAAGCCCUAGAGUCGUCGAAAUGGAUGAUGGGAGCCAAGGUUGUGAAGAAAACGGUUCAGAGCAAGCAAGAGCAGUCACCCGGAACGCCAGGGUCGGAGUUGGGCACGAAGCGCAAGCAGAAACGCAAGCGCAAGACCAAGCUGCCGCCCAAUGCGGACCUGUCCCGGCCCCCGGACCCAGAGAGAUGGCUGCCGAAAUACGAGCGCACGGCGUAUCGUAAGCGACGCGGCGUGCGGCGUGACGUCAUCAAGGGCAGCCAGGGCAUGUCCACCACGGCCACUGAUCAGUACGACAUGAGUAAGCAGACGCCAAGCGCCGCCGCCACGGCCGCCAAGAGUCCCCGCGUGGAGAAACAACAGGAAUCGGCCUGGUCACGCAAGCAACAGCAGAAGAAGAAAGGAAAGGGUCGCAAGUGGUAACUCUGUACCGAUAUAUGCACAAUAAAUGAUUAUUUGUA